AUGCAGAACCAGUCGACCUCUCUAGUUUUACCGAAUAUACGGAGGAGAAUAGACAUAACAUGCAAAGAUUGCCGUCGUCUCAAGGAUAAGCUCAUGGCUACCUCAUCACCCGAUUAUAAUUCCAUGGAAUUCGAGGCAGAGCGUAUCAAGGCUCUGGAGUACAUUGUUCGGCACUAUACAGGGCUUGAGCGAUAUGACAGACAGACCCUGGAAAAGACGAUCACUGGAAUUUCUUUGAAAUCAAAAGCCCCCCCUGAGUCAGGCAAGAGUGAAGGGGGUGGAAGUAGGAGUGUGAAUGCAGCACCUACAAACUAUUUCUAUGUCGACGAAGAAUCGCUCCGACAACACCUUGACCGGGUUUACUCAUGUCCAUCUAGGAUAAAACAGGAGGAUACCCCAUGGGUUUCUGUUGUGUUGAUGGUGUUUGCACUUGGAGUGCAGUUUACGAGUCAUUACCAAUCUCCACCACGGGACUCGUCUAGGGAGCUCACGAGAGAUGCACAUGAUAUUUGCCAGGGCAUGGAUGAUUCUACUACAUCAAAGUUCUAUCAGGUAGCCAUGAAACUUAUUCCUGAUAUACUGGUUGCAGAGUCGAUCGAGAGUGUACAGGCCUUUCUCCUAUUUGGCUUACACACGCUGCCCGCCGAUCCAGCUGGACUCUCCUACACUUAUUUCGGAAUUGCUAUCAAACUGGCAACACAACUAAACCUGCAUCUGAAAACAACGUCUAUUUCAUGCGCAAGGGAUCUUGAAGUAAGGAAAAGGGUUUGGUGGACCGCCUUCUUACACGGGCGACCUGCUUCUAUAUCCCGAUUCGAUGUCAAUGCUGAUCUUCCUGUAUACAUGGAAGAGCUACAGCCCAAAGAACGAAUCAAUACUUUUCACAAUACUAUGGCCAUGCUGAGAAUCAACAUCUUCAUGGAGGACGCCCGAGAUAGAAUAUGCUUCAUCGUUGAGAACUUUAACCCAGGAGUCAGUUGCACCGAGGGUGUAGAAUGGUUGAAGUUACGACAAGCUAUUCUUAUGAUAAGAAUCAUACCCUCAGAGAUGCCUAUGAGAAAGGGGUCAAAAUACUUCAAGAUGUGUCAACAAAGUUUUUUUCCAUAG